CCCACUCACUCUGCUUGCGCGUGCCACCACCUCCUCCUUCUUUUAACCCGCCCGCAAUUUCACUCCUUCCUCUGCUUCUGCCAUGAAAGAGAAAACUCAGAGGACGAACGCAAACACUCCGCACGCACGCACGCACGCACAGAAGAGAGAGAUAGAGAGAGAAUCAAUGGCGGAUAUGUAUGACAUUCCAUGUUCUUCUUCCUCAUCUCCCCUUGAAUCAGACGAAAUCUCUCUGUUUCUUCACCAGAUUCUCCUCCGUUCAUCCUCGUCGUCUUCUAUUUGUUCGUCUUCUUCUUCUUCUUUGUCGGCUUCAUCGCCUUUGGUGGCGCAGUCCUUUUCGUCAUUGCCCGCUACGGCUGGACUCUGCAGCACCUCGAAUCUGUCGAAAAAUCUUCACCUUCUGUGCCAAUCACAGCUCGUACCGGCCUCGGACCUCCUCGCCAUGGACGGGAUCUCCGCGGCCGAGUGCUCGGCUGGCCUGAGCUCCUCGACCGGCGUCGCUUUAUCUUCUUCCGGGGUUUAUCGCCCGGCCGGCAUGCGGGGUGGUGGCAGCAUGAUUUUGUCUUCGUCGGUCGGAGCAAGUGACAAUGACCCUGAUGACUUUGACUGCGAAAGCGAGGAGGGUCUUGAAGCGUUGACGGGAGAGAUUCCCUCAAAGCCUAUUCCUCCUCGGAAUCCAUCGAAGAGAAGCAGAGCAGCUGAAGUCCAUAAUCUGUCCGAAAAGAGGAGGAGGAGUAGGAUUAAUGAGAAAAUGAAAGCAUUGCAGAACCUAAUUCCGAAUUCUAACAAGACUGAUAAGGCCUCAAUGUUAGACGAGGCAAUUGAAUAUCUCAAGCAACUUCAGCUCCAAGUACAGAUGCUGUCAAUGAGAAAUGGUUUAAGUUUGCAUCCUCUAUGCCUACCAGGAGUAGUGCAGCCUAUGCAACUCUCUCAGAUGAAAGUGGGUUUUGGUGAGACAAACGGAUCCUCUCAUAUGAAUAUGGUUGGCACACUCCCUAUGAACCAAGAAAACCCAGGGCAAACCAUGUUCAGUAUUUCCAGCCAGUGCAAUCCCUCUAACCAACCAUCAGUUUCUAAUUUGCUAGAUAUAAUCAAUUCUGAAACCUCAUUUGGCUUAGAGUCACAAGUGCAGACUCACCGUGGAUCCUUCCAGCUCCAUAUGCCUUCUGAGGAUAUCUGCAGGGAAGACAUGCUGCUGCAUCAACAACCAAACGUAACUUACCCAGAAUUCCAAAUGGGAGCUGCAGAUUCAAGUGAGCUCAAGGACAAUGGCUCUUUUGAAGCAUCCAUCCUAGGAAGAGAGCAGUCAGAAGGCUUGCUUUUAAAGAAUUUGGACAGCAACCAAGAUAUGUCUCCCCACUCAAAUGGGUUUGUAUAUCUUCCUGAUAACAACUUUAUUAACUUCCUCCAUACCAUGUCUCAGUUUCUAAUUUUUACAUGCUUUUCACCAGCAUGCAUGCCGGAAGAAGUACAUCUUAUGACGACACCAAGAUAGGAAUGUUACAUUCUUGAAGUCAGCUAGGAAGUGCAAUUAUUUUUUUUUUGGAACUGGAACCAAAGGUAUUUGAAUUAUGCCAUUAACACUACUUUGAAUUUGGGAUAGCUACAACUUCUGCAGCCACUUUUCUUUUGAUAUUGCAUGAGCGCAACGAGCACAAAGCUUAUUUAGCAAGAGGGAGGCUUUCUUCAAGGCAUCAAGUGUUUUUCAGAAACAGAGAUGAUUCAUUCCAAAGUCUAAACAUUGGAAUUUUUCUUUAUAACAACUAAUAGCAGUCUACUCUGAUAAAUUGUCUUCCUGCCAUCUCUGCUAUGGAUACAGAUUGGCCAACAUGGUCUAUUGUUCAGUUAUAAAAUGCAACUAAUGUAAAAAAAAAAAUGUUCCAAUA